AUGAUUGAUAGAAGGAAUCAGCAUAUUCCUUAUAGAAAUAGUAAGCUUACUCGCUUGUUGAAGGAUUCUCUUGGAGGGAACUGUCAGACUAUAAUGAUAGCUGCUGUUAGUCCUUCCUCUUUGUCUGACGACACAUAUAACACUCUUAAGUAUGCUAAUCGUGCAAAAGACAUUAAAUCUUCGUUGAAGAGCAAUGUUCUUAAUGUCAACAGUCACAUAUCUCAAUAUGUAAAGAUCUGUAAUAUGCAGAAAGCAGAGAUUUUAAUGUUGAAAGAAAAACUAAAAGCCUAUGAAGAACAGAAAGCUUUGACUGACAAAAAUGACAGUGCAAAAUCAGUACCUUCAAACAUUCAAGUCAAAGAGAUUAAAAGAUUUCAAGAAAUUCUGAAAUGCUUGUUCCAGAAUCGAGAAGGAAUCAGGCAAGAAUAUCUGAAAUUAGAAAUGUUGCUUAAAGAAAAUGAACUCAAGUCACUCUAUCAACAGCAGUGCCAUCACCAAAUAGAGAUGAUGUGUUCAGAAGACAAAGUAGAAAAGGCCACUUGCAAACGAAAUCACCGACUUCAAAGGUUGAAAACUGUUCGCUGUUUCGUAGAGAAAAAGAAGGAAGAGGUGUUAAAACAAUUUGAUGAGAAUACUAAUUGGCUUCAUCGAGUGGAAAGCGAAAUGAGACUCUUAGGUCAAAAUGGUGACAUCCCAGAGGUGCUCAGUAAAGAUCUUCAUUGUCACCAGUUACACCUCCAGACCAAAGACCUGAAAGCACAAAUGGCACACAUGAAGGCUCUGGCUUGUCUCCAAGAGCAGCAGCUCAGUCAGACUGAGGCGGUUUUGAAUGCUUUACUUCCAGCCCUAAGAAAAAAGUAUUGCAUGUCAGAAGAAACUAAUCCGUCAAAUGCAGUUUUUGAUUCUGACUUCAAAGAUAUUGAGCAUUUGGUAGAAAGGAAGAAGGUGGUGGCUUGGGCUGACCAAACUACCAAACCUUCAAACAAAAAUGAUCUUCCAGGGAUUUCUCUUCUUAUGACCUUCCCACAGCUUGGACCAAUUCAGUCUAUUCCUUGUUGCAUGUCCCCAAAUGAACCUGACUUGCUUAACAUUACUCCACAAAAGAGAACCAGGAGAAAAUUAAUACCAUCUUCCUUGCAAGUAAAACAUACUGAGAAGUCUCCACUGUUGGAAAGUACACAGCUCAACGAUUCUUUCAGCAAAGAACUUAAGCCUAUUGUUUAUACCCCAGAGAACUGCAGAAGACCUCUUCAAAACCCAUCCCCAGCCUUAAUAAGGCCUUCAUCGCCUACUACAAAUAGAAUCAAUGAUAAUUCUCUGAAAACGCUAUGUGAAGUAGAUUUUCCUCUCAACAUGAGAACAGAGUGUAAACAGGAUUUGAACUCUACAUUUACUAUAUAUAAUGAUAUCGACAGCUUGAAGAAUACAUUUUCCAAACAGGAAUCACUACCAAACACCAAAGGUAGUUUACACAGGCUUGAAUCUUCCUCUUUCUCAAGAAAGGACUCUAGGCCUGUGUCAACAAGCAUGCCAUCCUACAUGGCAAUGACUGCUGCUGCGAAGAGGAAAAGGAAACUAAUAAGUGCACCAUCAAAUGCUUCUUUACAAUCUGAAGAAAAUUAUGGAUUUGCCAAACGCAUUCGACAGGAUAAUUCAAGUGAUAAGCUCUUUCAAGGAAACAGAGUAACAAUAGGUUCUAAAAGAAACACCAACAAAAUAAAUUCAAACAUGCUUAGAAAAUUUAGAAGAAACACUUCUAAAGAAAAUAUACACUAAGAAGCCUCUAUGCCCUUUGUCUGGUAUUUGUCCCUGCAGAAAUGUAUU